AUGGGAGAAGAUCAACACCAUGCAGAUUAUUCUAAUUUCACUUCAUCUUCCAAACAAGAAACUUUAGAAACAGUAACAUUAUCAUAUGAAGCUCUUUCACAAGAUUUAACAAAUUGGGUUGCAAAUUUAUCAAAUGCAUCAUCAUUAAUAUGGCAUGCUUAUCAUUCACUUAAAAUCCCAGUAAAUUGGACUGGGUUUUAUGUUGUUGAUCCAGAAGAUCCAUCACAAUUAAUCUUGGGUCCAUUCCAGGGGAAAGUUGCAUGUCAAACUAUUAAAAUAGGUAAAGGAGUUUGUGGAAUUGCUGCACAAACUGAAAAAACUCAAGUUGUACCAAAUGUUGAAGAAUUCCCAGGGCAUAUUGCUUGUGAUGGUGAAACUAAAAGUGAAAUUGUUGUCCCUAUUGUAGGGAAAGAUGGGAAAUUAAGAGGUGUUAUUGAUAUUGAUGGUUUAGUUUUAGGUGCUUUUGAUGAAGUUGAUCAAAAAGAAUUGGAAAAAUUGGCACAAUUGAUUGCUGAUGGGAAUAAGUGGUAUGAAUACUGA